CUUUCAUACACUUCCGUCUGCGCCAUUUUCUGCUGCCAAAUGUUCGGUCCCUGUACCGCGUCUUGGUGAUUCACAAACAAAUCGUCCACUAUAGUACUAAAACAUGGGAAGGAAAAAGAAGAAGCAGAUGAAGCCGUGGUGUUGGUAUUGUAAUAGGGAUUUUGAUGAUGAGAAGAUUCUUAUUCAGCACCAGAAGGCCAAACAUUUUAAGUGUCACAUAUGCCAUAAAAAGCUGUACACGGGUCCAGGCCUGGCCAUCCACUGUAUGCAGGUUCACAAAGAAACAAUCGACGGUGUUCCCAAUGCGAUACCUGGAAGAACAGACAUUGAACUGGAAAUUUAUGGGAUGGAGGGUAUUCCAGAGAAAGAUAUGGAAGAAAGGAGACGGGUGCUCGAGCAGAAAACUCAGGAAAAUCAGAAAAAGAAACAGAACCAAGAUGACUCGGAUGAGGAUGAUGAUGACGAAGAGGCAGGACCCUCAUUCCAGCAGGCAACAGCACAGCCUCCGGCUGCUUACGCUCCUAUGGCACAGCCUGGAAUGGCACCUGUGCCCACACCAGGAAUGCCACCUGGGAGCUACUCAGGAAUGCCACCAAUGAUGCCUGCAGUCCCUCCAAUGAUGCCAGGGAUGCCCCCAGUCAUGCCAGGAAUGCCACCUGGCAUGAUGCCCAUGGGUGGGAUGAUGCCACCUGGACCAGGAAUGCCUCCGAUGAUGCCAGGCAUGCCACCAGGCAUGCCCCCUCCUAUGGGUCAUCGUCCAGGUAUGAACCACAUGCCACAGGCUCCUUCCUCCACCACGUCAGGCAUGAUCCCAAGAGCAGCCACACCUGCAGCCACAGUGGCUGCUCCACAGCCUGUUGUCACCAAGCCCUUGUUCCCUAGCGCAGGACAGAUGGGGACUCGAGCUCCCAGCACAAGCUCAGCCUCCUCCAGUAUGGACACUUUGUCAGCACCCUCUAAGCCGCUGUCGCAAGCUCAGCAGGGGGUGCCUGGGGCAGCAGUGGGGCUUUCAGCCUCCUCUUCUGCUGCUCCCAAAGCCACAUUCCCAGCCUACAGCCAGCCUGCACCCUCUGCUGCCAACACAGGCAGCACUGUGGCCAAACCUGCGACCCCCAUUACAAGUAAGCCUGCCACCCUCACCACAACCAGUGCAACCAGUAAGUUGAUCCACCCUGAUGAGGAUAUCUCUCUGGAGGAGCUGCGCGCUCAAUUACCACGCUACCAGUGUAAGAUCCCUAGUACAGCACAGGCGCACAUCAGCACUCCUCCUGUUGGGCCAAUGGGAGGGGUGAUGCCUGCUCAGCAGGGUGCUUCUUCACAGCAGCCAGGAACCAGGCAUCCCAUGCAUGGGCCAUAUGGUACCCCAUCCCAGGCAGUGCCUGGCUAUGUGCCAGGGGCAAUGUCACCUUACGGGCAAGGCCCCCCAAUGGUUCCUCCUUACCAGGGAGCUCCCCCAAGGCCGCCCAUGGCCAUGAGGCCUCCUGUAAUGUCCCAGGGAGGCCGUUAUUGAAGCUCAAACACCAGUCUCCGAUAGGUUUGGUGAUUCAACCAUUUUCUCAUGUAAUGGUGUGCUUAAGAAGCCAGAUCAUUAAGCAUAAUUGUAAUUCAAUUUGUUUAGUAAGGGAAAUGGAAAAAGCACUGGUUUAUGCAUGAAACUUUGAAUUUUGCAUAGUUUUUUAUUUGGACCUCUAUAUGUUGCCGAUUCUAUAGUGUGGCUUUUUUCCUCCCCCUAUGUUCCGUUUAGGUUUUUAGAAGUGAAGUUUAGUAAAUAUGGUUCGUAAUAAUUUGAAGCGGCUGGAGUAACGUGAACAGUACUGCACCUUUUAUCAAGGCAAGUCUUUGUAAACAUACUACUGUACUAAACAAAUUAAGCCUUCACAGCACCUUUAGGUGCUGUUGGACUUCAUGUCCCCAGCUUUGCUUGGUGAGGGCUUCAGUUAGCUAUAACUGUUUUUGUAUGCCUGCUUAUCCUUACCUACAUAGGAAAUCAUACAAGUAAUAGCUGAUGUGAAAAGUGUCUGUAUUAUUAUGUAAACUGUAAUAAACAGUGUUGAAAACCUAAGACUCUUUCUUCAUGACAGAGGGAAGGAUCUGUACAAAGGUUUGUACUGGCUGCAUGAUUGCAAUAAUGUGGCAGCAAUGGAGUGUCUUCUGUUCACGACAUCAACCUAGUCAUCCACAUUCAUUUUAAUUAACCCAUACAAUAGUGUCCUUUUAACACCUGGCUUAAUGAAGAGAACAGUGUCAAGGGGGAAAAAAAAAAAAGAAUUUGGAUGGCUUUUGUCUGUCAAAUUCAGUGCGUCAUAUUCAUUGAAGUAAGUCACACUCGAAGACCUUAAUGCACAUUCACUGUGGGGGGAAAAAGGAUAAUCCUAGUGUGUGGUCACAGAGGGGUUCAGACAAAUGUGGUUUUGGUUGUCUAGCUUGGGUGUGAUUUUGGGGGGGGGGGAUGUAAUUUGAAACAGAAGUACUUUGGACCCAGGUGACUUUGUGUGUUGCUAAACUGAGGAUCUUUCUUCUCCCUGUAGCGAUGCCAUGGGACCGGCUGAGGUUGAGUCUCACUGGUGCCCUGUUCAGGCUGAGGCAAGUCUCAUAUUUUUCUCUUUAAAUUCUUACGAGCGGGGGGCCCUCACAGCCUCAUGGCUGUUGGAUUCCAAUGUCCCCAAACUUGUAGCAAGUUUGGUGAUGGCCCCUGUUAUUAUUCACAUUAGAGAAAACCUAUAACUAACCUCUUCUGCUUUUGUUUCCGAAGUUCAGAGGUGGGAACGAGUAACAAGUAAGUUUCAAGUCUUGAUAAUCGAGUCCCGAGUUAAGAUAGAGGAGUCAAAAUGCGUUCCUUCCCAAAUUGAAUCCCAUUUCAAAAUUUAACAUUUAACAAAGUAAAUGUGUAGUGUAUUAAAGCCAUGGUAAAGUAUUUAACUGUUAACAACAGAAUAAACAAAAAUGUAUUUUUUAACCACACAUAAAAUGACAUGUAAUGAUUAAAAAAAAAAAAAAAAGUGUAAGCAAAUUUUCAGGUGAUUUGGAAUUGACCCUGCAGUGGUAUAUGGCAUUAAAGGCACUUAUCUGUUUGCCUUCGCUUCACAAAAUCCGUAAAAUAACACUGUGUAAUUUCAUUUUUGCUUUUCACAAACCUAUAAUAUGCAUCUUGCACACUGAAAUAAUACAGUAAUAUUGCUUGGGGAUGUAAAACGCCAGCCCUGGUGGGAUACAGCCUUACAGAUAUUAGUUUUUCCUCUUCUAACACACCAAGUAUAGUCCAUGAAGGUCUCUGUAAGCCUGAUGAAUUUGUCCAGGUGUGUUUAAAUAUAGAUUAAAUGCAAAACUCUUUACAGCCCUCCAGAACUGGAGUCUGACACACCUAAAUUAAUAGUAUUUAUCAACACUACUCGGUUGGUAAAUAGCUUAACUUUAAGGUGAAACUGAUGGUGCUCUCCUUUAGGAAUUGUGGUUAAAAUAUCUUUCCUACUGUCCAACACUGCCAACAUACAAGUGUAGUAGACAAAUUAUUUUACUUACCCUUGGGAUUGCUAUAAGCAGAUCCUUCUUACCUGAUAUUGGUCAACUUGAAUGCUCAAGCUUUCUUAAGUUAUCAGAUAAAACUGGCACUUAAAUAACCACUAAAACGUAUAUUUCUUAAUUGUUUAUAUAGGUCUAACCAUACUGUUCUUUAUGUAGCCUCUAAGGCCAAAUGAGAUUGGAGGUAAUGCUUGAAUCAAAUUUUUUACCAACGUUUAUUGUUAACGGUGUAGACUUAAAGUUUGGUAGCAUGUUUCAACCUGCUCAAGUGUACCUUUAUUUAAACACUGGCAUCAUCCCUCCAAGCCCAAGUUAUUGGUGUUAGUCAAGUUGUAAGUUUAAAUUAUUUUUAGGUUGAGUCUUUAGACAUUUUAAUUUGUGACUCCAAGCCAUUUGUCUCGAGUCCACUCUUCUGCUACCCAGUUCUCUAGGUGGUGCUAGUGACUAGCAGAUGUAAUGUACUAAUUUUUCUAACUUUCAUAGAGUCCUCAAACGUAUUUUUUUAACUCAGUAUUCAGGUAUGUGGUGCCUGUAUUGGAGCAGGUAGAUAUAUUGACAUUUACAAAAACCCAAGCUAAUUUCUAAGCCUAGGUACGAUGCAGCCAAUAAAAUGUUUUCUAAAAUGGCACUAAAGGAAUACUCACUUAUACAGUAUGCACUAGCAAUUUCUUUAAGAUAAUACAUGACGUUUGCAGUGCUGUUUGUUGGUCUUGCUCUUCCUGUUUGUUUUGCAUCAGAUCUGAUCACAUUACCUGUUGUAGGUAAGUGUCAUUGUCACUGGUUAGUCUUUUAAAUGGCACACACACACACACACACACACACACACACACACACACACACACACACACACAUAUAUAUAUAUAUAUAUAUAUAUAUAUAUAUAUAUAUAUAUAUAUAUAUAUAAAAACACAGUACAAAAGUCUUAGGCAUCCUAUUUUUUUUUAUUUUUUAGUACAAACAUUUAGAUUUUUUAUUUUAAUUUCUACAUUAUCAAGUCAGUACAAAAAACAUUUUAGAUUCCCGAACAUUAGUUUUCUAGCUAAAUUAAAUGUUGCAGGAAUAUGUUUUUGUCAUUAAAGAAAGCAGUGUAUUACAUGAGACACUUUUAAGACAAAAAACACAAUGAAGGCUGCUGGGUUUCGCUGCAAAAAUAAGAAGCGAGUGCGAAAGUCAAAGUCUCCAGAAGAACCAUGACUGGAUCUGCAAGAUGCUCAAUAAAACUUACAGCCCAUUUCCUUAUAAAACUGCACUAAUUGUACUGGAGACUAAUCACCAAAAAUUUGCUUUUUCAUUUACUACUGUUUAUUGCUCUUUACGGUACUUUUUCUUUUUUAAUGUAGAAACAUUUAAUUUCAUUAUUUUGAAGGCAUCUUUGCCCUACAGCAUUUCUUUGCAUGUGCCUAAAACUUUUGCACAGUACUGUGUGCGCGUGUGUGUGCGUGCGCGCGCGCAUAUUAUAGCACCCAUGUGCUACUGCUGGAUUACAUUAGACUUACUGUGGACCAGAGCAACUUGUAUAGCUGUAGAAAAAUGACCUCAGUUGCAUUCCUGUAAUGGUAACUUUACACCACAUAUAGACUAAACCAUCAACUUUUUCUUGAAUAAAUAUUUGCUAAAAUAUCAACAAAACUGUGUGCAACUUAAAUUGAAAUACAUUUUUAAUUAACUUCAUUUGAAUAUUUGUUGUAUGGUUAGUUUAGAGGGAUAGAUGGCCAGCAGUAUUUUGUGUGGAAAUUUAGAAAUUUUUUGACCUUGAGACGCUAUACACCUGAAUCAGGUUUUUAACAUGAAUUUAUAUUUACUCUAGUUAGAUGGCUUUGCUCAUGAUUUAACCCUUGUACAUCCUUAUGGACAUUUUUGUCUUUAAAUUUUUUUCUUUUAUUUUAAUUGUUUUGUCUGUGUUAAUGCAAACCGCAUACAUUUUGCAAAAGGUGUGGUUUUUUUAUUUUAUUUUUUUUAGGAAUUUUAAUAUUUCACCCACCUUUGCUUUCAUAAAUCUAUUUUAAACUAGGUACACAAAAUAGUUCCACUCGGGACCUUAAGGACAAAAAUGUCCCCAAUGAAACCCAUUCAAACUGCGAUAUUUAAUCCCAGUGACGUUUAAGCAUAAAAUCAUGCAUGCUGUGUUAAUAGGCUUUUGUUUUGUUGACAAGGUUUCAAAACAUUUUAGUUUUUUUAAAUUCUGAAAUGUGUAUUGUUUUCUCAGGUUUAGCCUAUGGGGAAAAUAUAUUCUUUUCCUUUUUUCUGAUUCUGCUGUAUUCUAGAGCACUGCAGACCAACUGAAUGAACAAUGCAGCUAUAAGUGUGUGUGUGUGUGUUUGUAUGGAUAUCGGAGUUGUGGUUUGUCUGUGUAUGGAAAAUUUGACGAGUGUGAACAGUUUGAAAGAAGUGAUAUUGUACUGGAAAUCACAAAUCCCGCUCCAUGUAUAUGAGUCAAAGAAGGUUCCUGAGCUUUGAAGAUUUUUGCAUUUAUGUAAAGAAACCAGCGUUUAAAUUGAAUGAAAAUGAAUGAAUGUUUGGUAAUUAUGAUCAGAACUGAUGCUGGUAAAAAUUUUUUUUUAAAAAUCGAAGUAAGUGAAAGUGGAAGAAAUAAUAUAUUUUGGACAGUUUUUGGACAUGGACAUUUUUAUCCCCUAUGAACCUGAGUAUAAUUUUUUUUUUUAUUUAAAAAUUUUUUUUUUUAUUUACCCACAUGGGUUAAUUUUUUUUUUUCAUUAUUUUUUUUGUCUGCUUCAUUGCUGUUAUGUUGUAUGUCUAUGAACUUGCACACAGUUGGAGUAGUACUUCCAUCACUUUCAGAAGUAGUCUACAUUGAGCGAUGUGUCCUCAGCUCCAGUGGUAUGAUGUGGAUAUGUAAUACGAUUUAAAACAUGUUACUUAAUGGAUAAUAAUGAAAAGAAUGUGAUUACAUUUCAAAAUCUUCUGUUUAAAGCUCUCCACUGUAUUUUUGUAACUUACAAAAUAUUAAAGGUAAAAUGAGUUUUUAAAUACAGCACCAGCAGAGUUUCCUCCAUCAGUGAAAUAAAGUAUACAUAAAGACUA